ACAGGUCUCGGGCCCUCAGGCGGAGCAGCGGGCGCCGGACCCCCAGGUGGAGCGACAGGUCUCGGGCCCUCAGGCGGAGCGACAGGUCUCGGGCCCCCAGGCGGGGCGGCGGGCGCCGGACCCCCAGGUGGAGCGACAGGUCUCGGGCCCCCAGGCAAAGCGGCGGGCACCGAGUCACCAGGCACGACAGUGGGCUCCGAGUCAACUGGUAUGACCGCGGGCACUGGGUCAGACAUUGGAUCGUCUGACUGGACAGCGGGCAUCGGGUCACCAGGCAUCAGGUCAUUUGGCCCGACAGCGGGCACCGCGUCAUCUGGCAAGGCAGUGGGCUCCGAGUCAACAGGCACGACAGUGGGCACCGGGUCAUCAGGUACCGGAUUGUCUGGCUCGACAGCGGGCAUCGGGUCAUUUGGCUUGCCAGCGGGCACCGCGUCAUCUGGCAAGGCAGUGGGCACCGGGUCACCAGGCAUUGGAUCGUCUGGCUGGAUC